GGUAUGUUUGAAUGAGGUUCUGUGUGGUCUGUGUCCUGGAGCCGUACCCAAGGCUGAAUAAGGCCAGCAAUUGCUUGAGGCAAAGGGAAUAUACUGCAGAACUGGAUGGAAACUUUCUUACGUUUUUCACUGCUGUAAUUCGCCCUUGUUCAUUUUUCUGAGUUAGUCCAAACUACAAAGUCCUCUGCUCUAUUCUGUGGCUUCAUUUAUAGUUGCAGUGAGCAUUAUCUUUUCACUAGCAAAAAAAUGUAGGAGAUUGUUAGCUCAUCAGUUCCCAGAAAUUAAAGAGCAAGUAAUUCUUUAUUUUUGCACAGUGACUGUGUCAGUGCAGUUACUCUCACUGAUUCCAGAGCUCUAAGCAACAGGGUUUUGUCCCUCUUGCAGCAAUCAACCUAAACAUCUUUUUCAGGAGCAUACACAGCCAAGAUGCCCAUCCGUGUGGAUCAAAUGAUGCAACUGCUUUGCAGUGUUUCUCGGAAGAGGGGAAUGAAAGCUGCUGUGAAGCGCUCUUUUCAAGGAGGGAUAGUGGCAAUUACAACAGCAUUUAUUGGAGGCCUGGUAGCAGGUCCACCUGGUAUCGCUGUAGGAGGAGCGCUUGGUGGAUUGCUUGGUGCCUGGAUGAGCAGUGGACAGUUCAAGCCGGUCCCUCAGAUUUUAAUGGAGUUGCCUGCUGUCGAGCAGCAGAAGCUCUACAUUGAAGCCAUUGCUGUGCUCAAGAGCUUAGUGUCUGAUUUUGCUCGACUGAGUGCUGUUGUAAUGGAUAGUGAUCUUCUCCAGUUGCAGUUGUCUAAAAUACUGGAAAAUUACUUUACCAGAGAGCUAAGUGCAGCCAUAAAGUAUGGAGAAUAAAGCUUUUCAGAACAGAUAUUUAGAUUGUAGUGAAUUUUACUCUGACAGUUGUGAUUCUUCAGUGUAUCAAUUAUUAGGAUUAGGAUUGUCAUUGUAGCUUUUGUUUCUCAACUGAUUCUGAAUACCCUCUGUUUUCAUUAAAAUAUUCCUAAGCAUCGCAA